GAACUCAAUUAGUUAAAGACCCGACCCGCUAACGGUUAUCUUAGUACAAAGCAACUCGCUUAAAGUGCCAGUGACCAUUCUACUGUGAACGUUCCAAGUUGAUGUCACGUGCAUUUAAAAAUCAAUCAUAAUUGUAUAGUGUUAGAAGUGAUAGUGCAACUUUCAGUUAUUAUUAACUUAUUUUUAAAAGGACACUCUUCGGGUUGGUUGCAGCAGUUUUCGAGACACAGAUUUGCAGAUACGAUAUUGUUUAUUUAAUACAGAUAAAGAUUAUCUACAAAAUGCGUACAGAACUUCCAACGUGUAAAAGAUGUUGUUUCUGUAUGCCUCUACGUUAUGGCUUAUUGUCAUGGGGAUAUUUCCGAUUCGUCAUAUCAGGACUCUUUUUAGUUGGACUCACAGUUGGAUUUGUAGGGUUAAUUACGGCAGAAAAUGGUUUCAGAGAAUUGGUGUCAAUAAUAGUUGUGGGGGUUCUACUGCUGAGCACGUUAACUGAUUUCGUACUCAACUUUUUAUUUAUCCUCGGCGGACAUAAGAAGGACGUAAGACUGUUGAGGUCGUACUACGUGUACAGUAUAGUGCUGUGUGUAUUGACGAUAGUGCUGGGCAUCGCCUCUUCUGUGCACACCAUGAUGAUGUUGAAGAUGUUUUCCUUCAGUAAUUCCUUUGACGUCUCAUUCUACCUUUGGAUCAUGUUAGUUGAUACGGCCACUUUCAUCGCUCAAGUUUUGAUUCAAAUAUAUUUCCUGCUCCUAGUACGAAGCGAGAUUAUAAAAUUGAGAAGUAAUUGCGAAUUUAGAUUCGUGAACCUCACUGCUGAAGGGGAGUGCACACUGAAGUGCACUGAAAACAGUGUCAAUAAUGAAGAAGGACAGAACUAAUAGACAUAGUUGCGACUUAGUAACGAAAACCACCAAUUUGUGAUAUUAAUGUAGUUGGUGCUCAUACCAAAAUGAUUCUUGUGUUGUUCGAAAUAAAGUUAAGCUUUGAGUAAUAUAA